CGUGUUCUUGCUCGCUCUCUCGCCAAACGGACCCCUUGAAGCAUCGACGUCUCACGCCGCCCGGCCACCUCGCGCACCUUCACUACUCUAUCCAGCCCGAACCUCGCAGCGCGUAACCGAGAACCCGCGCAAUUGCGACGCCUUGUCGAUCCGGCCCGUCAUGUCCGACUCCCCGCGCGGAGUCGAUCAUACCGACUCGCUCGACUCCCACGACUCGGGUCCGAAGCAGCCGGAGAAGAAGAAAAGCCGCCGUCCCGCGAAUACUGCGUUUCGUCAGCAGCGCCUCAAGGCAUGGCAGCCCAUUCUGACGCCAAAGACCGUCCUGCCGUUAUUCUUUACCAUUGGAAUCAUAUUCGCGCCCAUCGGUGGCCUUCUGCUAUAUGCCAGCUCCAAGGUUCAAGAGCUGUCGCUCGAAUACACAAGAUGCGCCAACGAUGCUCCAGACCACCCCAAGUUCGAGGCUAUGCCGGGCAAAUAUGUCGAUUCCGCGUUCAAGAACAAAGACAAACCCAUUGAUGCGCAGUGGUCAGCCGAAAGAAACGUCACUGUCAAGCUGUCGACGGGCGCCGAGACCAACACCACCCGUUGCUGGCUGACCUUCGACAUUCCCGACACCAUGGGCCCGCCCGUGCUCUUCUACUACCACCUUACCAACUUUUAUCAAAACCACCGCCGCUACGUCGAGUCGAUGGACCAGCAGCAGCUCAAAGGCGACUUCCGGUCUUUCGGAGACAUCAAGGGCUCCAAGUGCACCCCCCUCUAUGGCGAAACGAACAACGGCUCCGACAAGCCAUACUACCCUUGCGGUCUCAUCGCCAACUCGCUGUUCAACGACUCCUUCAGCAACCCGGAACUCCUGAACGCACCCGGCGCAAGUGGGAACCAGACUGAGCCGUACACCAUGACCACCAAGGGCAUCGCCUGGGACAGCGACAGGGACCUGUACGGUCCCACCAAGUACGAACCGUCGCAGGUCUUGCCCCCGCCAAAUUGGGCCAAGCUCUACCCCAACAACUAUACCAAGGAUCACCCGCCUCCGAACUUGAAGGAGUGGGAGGCGUUCCAGGUCUGGAUGCGCACCGCUGGGCUGCCCGCGUUCAGCAAGCUGUAUCAGCGAAACGAUACCACCGCCAUGAAGGACGGGAGGUACCAAUUAAUCCUGGAAGAUCACUUUCCCAUGCUUGAGUACAAGGGCACCAAGGCCGUCCUCCUCACUACCCGAACCGUCAUGGGUGGACGCAACAGCUUCCUCGGCAUUGCCUACAUUGCCGUGGGCGGUGUGUGCAUCGUUCUCGGAGCCGUCUUCACCGUCACUCAUCUCAUCAAGCCAAGGAAACUCGGCGACCAUACAUACCUGUCCUGGAAUAAUGCCCCCGCGUCCAAGCCGUCCGGCCCCAGCACCGCGAUGGCAUCUGGACGCGAAGUGCGCCCCGGUGAGGCUUAGGCAGCCCAAGAGACGACUCACGUCGAAGCCGUGCCCGGCGUUGAUAGCGGCCCAGGCACCAUGACACCUUGUAUCGCAACGUCUUCCGCGUCUCCACGGGCCUCAUGGCGGGCGAAAGGCUUGCUGAGACGGUCGAGGUAGUCGCGGCGUGUCCUGGGCAGCUGGCCCGUCAGGUCUUUGCCGCCGCCUGUAUGACUACCUGGGAUGCCAGGAGAAAAGACGCCAAAACAGGACGCAUGUUAUGAACCUUUCACGUCUGGUUACUCUAGGCCCUCGCUCUGGAGCGGGGCUGUGACGGAGAUUUUGCGAUGCUGCUCCGGCCGUCACUGGCCGGCCACAGACGGAGGAGGAUACUGUGGCUGUGUGGGAGGCCAGCGGGAGAGGAGAGCAUUCCGUUGUUCUGAUUCGGUUUCUUUUGGUUUUCCGUCGCAACGUCAUUUCUUUCUCAUGGGAACAACUGGUGUUUCGGAGUUUUUCCCUUCUCUCUUUAUUGGGUUCUGUGUGUACGUGUCUUGCUCGAUCGACCUGUAUGGCUUGGUUUGGUCGUCAACUCUCACGUCGGCCCCGUCUCUUCGUUUUUAAAGCAAUAGAGAAUGAAGUAGUAGCAUUUCUCUGUCGGCACUUGAAUCACUAGCUAGGUUCCUCCUCGUUGCCUUACCUUCUGUCUGGACGUCCAAAACUUUGCCACGCCACAACUCCCC